UAUGUGCAUCAGCAGCACCCAGACACAAGCCCACAAAUAACCAAUUAAACGCCAUCUGAGUGGCGGUCAACAGUUCAGCCGGACCAACAGAACUCCUACUCCAACUCCCCUCUUCUCUUCUUUAACCUCGUCUCCUCUCUCCUCCACCCCCAUCCCCCCUCACCACUAUACCCAAUAUGGCCCCUAGCUCUAAACUGAAGCAAUCAUCUAUAGACUCCUUCCUUCGCUCCAAACAAACCACCUCUAUUCCUCCACUCACCCCCCAACCCGCCACCGCUGCCGCCUCAGAGUACGAGCGAAUCCGGCAGGAGACCAUCCGCCGGAACCAAGAAUUCCUCCAGAAGCUCGGUAUCGCGGCCCCCAAAAACCCAACUCCCCUACCCCCCAAACGAACCCCCAAACCCCAUCCUUCCCCCGCCCCCUCGCCCUCCCUGCGCCGCAGCACCAGAAAACGCCCUUUCCCGGCCCCCUCCUCCUCUGAUGACGGCGCCGACGCCGACGCCGACCCCGCAGCCCCGCCCGAUCCUUCCGAGCCCAGCUUCGUCGAUUCCUCUGUCUUCCGUUAUGCCUGCGAUGCCUCCGAUGGAGAUGAUGUGAAUAAACUUGCCGAUUGUGGAGCUGAUGGUUGCAUCUGUGUCCUUGAUACAAGGUUGCCAGAACCUUGUGCUCUUACCAUUAAAUCGGAGCACUCAACAGGCAUCAACACUGUGGAGUGGUGUACAAGAAAGUCUCUACUUCUUUCUGCUAGUAAAGAUCCAACAUUGCAUCUUUAUGAUGUUAGAAACUCUGCUGGACCAGUUCUUAAACUUGAAGGCCAUGUUGAGUCAACUACUAGAAGUUGUUACCAAAUUUAUAGACCCUGUUUUGUAGAAGGUGGGAAGACAAUAGCUACACCUGGGCAAGGAUCGAGAAAGAUAUCUUUGUAUGAUGUUGACAGUGGAACAAUGAUAAGCCAGGGGAUGAUUGGGUAUGAUGCUAAUUUGGUUGUUUUUACAGACGGUGAAGAACAUCCAAGACUUUGGUCAGCAGGAAGGCAAAUAAACCAAUUAUGCCCAUUGACAGUUUGACACAAUCUAAAUGUCUCAAACAUGAAGAUCUUUAGCCGCAUUGUGGUCUUGUUUCAGUUAGGUUGACUUAUUUAAUGUAGAUCAGAAAUCUCAAGGUCCUUAUCACAUGUUCUUACACAUUUUUGUUUAAGCAUGCUAUUGUUCUUACGAACUUGUAAUGCUUUCAAAAUUUUGUAAUGCAUAUUUAGUUCAAUACAGGACGUGGACUGUCCAUGUGCCAAAAACAAGUGCUUGAUGAUUAAAUAUAAGACUGACUAAUAAUCCAGACCUUCAGCAAGCCUUGAUUAUAUUAUUUGAUA